CUCUGGCCAGUUCGCGCUCUCUCCGUAUCUCUCGCUCUGCAAGCGCAGCUCGCUCACCUUACCUUCGUGGUUACCUGCGUUUCGUUGUGGCGAUCAAUUGUUUUUUCAACCUGAAUCGAAGCGGAUGCGCGGCGGCGUUAAUAACUGACGAAAAAUCCGACACGCACACCAACACAACAGAACUAGAAAAAAGACAAGACAAAGUGGUAGAAGCAACAGGCGAACAAGCAGAAGCGAAGACUUGUUUGCAGCCCCCGUCUCCCCCUCAUUCGGUCGUUUUAAUACUGUGGUUUUAAAUUAAUAUAGCACUUUGGUCAAGAAGAGUUGGCUGCUUAAAAGGCCAAAAAACACAACGCGGGCGUUGAUACAAUUACAUACACAGGUGUGAGUGUGCAAGUGUGUGUGGCGGGCGAAAAGAAAGUGCAAUAAAAACCGAAAAAUUGUGAAAAGCCAACAAGUGCAAUGUAUACAACGUGUUGAAGGAGAGAGAGAGAGAGAGAGAAAAAACGCACAGCCGCUGGCGGAGCAGCCCUGAGAAUGCAGUUCGUUCAAAGCUAGUCUGACAUGAGGCUUCAGUUCACAGAGAACUAGGAUCCAUUAGAAUCCAUUAGAUCAAAUCACAGGAUCCUCGAUCCACGAUCCAUCCAUAGCGAUCUUUAGAUCACGAUCAUCACAGGAGGAGGAGAAGGAGGAGCAUAUAUAGAUAAAAUGCAGGUUCCCGAGCACAUUGUUUCACUGUACAUCGCAACCUGUGGCCAAAAUGGACCUGGCCUGGGUUCCGAUGAAAAGGAGAUCAUAUUGCUGGUGUUUGUCCUUCUGGAGGUGACCACUGGACAGAUCGUUGGAACCAAACAAAUACUCGUACGGCCGGAUGGCUACUUCAUCAAGGAUCGCACCAUCUCUGGCUCCUCGGAUAACUCGAGUGCCACCAAUAAUACGGCCAGUUCCCCGCCCCUAGCCAUCGGUGACUCCUCCGGUGUCUCCAACAAUGGCAGUGGCAAUGGCAGCACCCUGGACAAUGGUAGCGAACUAAUCCUGCCCAUUGCAGAGGCCCAGGCGGCGGGAAAGCCACUGAGCGAGGCCAUCGAAGAGUUCGAUGCCUACCUGCGAUCGCUGUCUCUCCACGAUACGGAGAUCAAGCUGGUCACGGAUGGACAGCUGCCGCUGAGGCAGUGCCUUCAUCGGGAGGCCAGUGCCAAGGAUGUGGAGCUGCCUACGUACUACAAUCGCUUUAGCGAUCUGCGCAAGGAGUUUCUGCGCUACAAGUCCGGUGACCUUGCCCGCGCCCUUGUUCCCGUCAAGGAUGUGAAGAAGAUGCUGCAGGCGCCGACGGCGCCCAUGCCACAGUCCAUCGCCGAGAUGCUGGGAGAUCUCAACACUUCAUCGGUGGAAGACAACGACUUUUACAUACGCGAAUCUCGCGACAUGGUCACUGUGAUCCAGACACUGCUACAGGCAGGUCACAAAUUUGCUGCAAACGAGUUGGUCAACCUGGUACUGGAACCUGGAAUUUGCUCAAUUGACGACGAGAUCGACGGCAACUGCAUAGUGCGGGCCAGAGGAUUGCCCUGGCAGAGCAGUGACCAGGAUAUAGCCAAGUUCUUUCGCGGCCUCAACGUAGCCAAGGGCGGCGUGGCACUCUGCCUCUCACCGCUGGGACGGCGGAACGGCGAGGCCCUCAUUCGCUUUGUGUCCCAGGAGCAUCGCGACAUGGCACUCAAGCGGCACAAGCAUCACAUUGGCACCCGGUACAUUGAGGUGUAUCGGGCCUCUGGGGAUGAUUUCCUGGCCAUUGCCGGUGGAGCGUCCAAUGAGGCGCAGGCUUUCCUCUCCAAGGGCGCCCAGGUGAUCAUUAGGAUGCGGGGUUUGCCCUAUGAUGCCACCGCCAAGCAAGUGUUGGAUUUCUUCACCACUGGCGAUACGGCGCCCUGUCAUGUUCUCGACGGUAGCGAGGGCGUGCUGUUUGUGAAGAAACCAGACGGACGGGCCACCGGAGAUGCCUUCGUUCUGUUCGCCCAUGAGACGGACGCACCCAAGGCUCUGGGACGGCACCGCGAAUCCAUCGGGCAGCGGUACAUCGAGCUCUUUCGGUCUACAACCGCUGAGGUGCAGCAGGUGCUCAAUCGAUCGAUGGAUCCCAAGAACUAUGAGUCGGGCGGCAAUCACAGUCAACCGCCGCUGAUCGCCCAGCUGCCGACGAUGCAGCUGCCGCUGCUGCCGCAGGUGGGUGCCCACAGCCUCGGCCACAGCCUCGCAGCCACACAGACAGCUAACCUCUGCCCUCCGGUGCCCCAUGCCGCUCUCACUCUCCCCACACAGCACCUCAUCACCUCGGGCACCACCAAGAACUGCAUUCGGCUGCGCGGACUACCCUACGAGGCGAUGGUCGAGCAUAUACUCCACUUCCUGGAUGACUUUGCCAAGCACAUUAUCUACCAGGGUGUGCAUAUGGUGAUCAAUGCGCAGGGCCAUCCGAGUGGCGAGGCCUUCAUCCAAAUGGACUCGGAGGACUCGGCCCGUUUGUGUGCCCAGCGCAAGCAUAACCAGUACAUGGUCUUCGGCAAGAAGUUCCGCUACAUCGAAGUGUUCCAGUGCUCCGGCGACGACAUGAACAUGGUCCUCAAUGGCGGCCUGGCCUCCCCAGUGGCCCAGCCGCCGCAACCUCAUCACGCUGGCCAUGCCCAUAAGCAGACCUCGCUGCUGGCGGCCACCUCGGGUAUGUUUAGUUCGGCGGCCGGCGGUCAGUCGCCGACGGUUAGCUCUACCGCCGGUUCAGUUGCCCAGUCGCUCAGUCCGCUCAGUCCGCUGGGCGGCUCCCACUCACACAACACGCACACUCAUCCCCAUACGCACCCGGGUCACGCCCACUCGGCGGUAGCUGCUGCAGCCGCCGCUGCCGCUGCUGCUCAUCAUGGAUUGCCACCAUCCUCGGCCUUGCUGCCGAAUCUUUCAGCCGCCGGUGGAUUGGCUUCCUUCAUGGCCGCUCAACCCUCGGCGGCUGCUGCUGCUGCUCAUAACGCUGCCUCGCUGCAGAGUGCAGCGGUGGCCCUGGCUCCCCCAAGCUACUCCAUCAAUCCGUUUUCAUUGCCGCCACCAGGAACAGCGGCAGGAGCAGGCUCCACGCCCGCCCUGCUGGCCCAACAGCAGGCCCAGUUUAUUGCCCAGCAGAGUCUCCUGGUGCGCCAGCAGGCGGCGGCAGCUGCUUUGGCUGCCGAGCAGCAACAGCAGCAGCAGGUGCAACAGGCGCAACAGCAGCAGCUCUAUGCCAGCGCCAUGCUGCAGCAGCAUCCGCAUCUGUAUCUGCAGCACCAACAGGCGCAGCAGCAGCAACAGCAGCUUUAUGCCAGUGCAAUGCUGCAGCAAGGCCACCAGCCGCAGUUUGUGCUAAUGCAACGUCCUGCGGCUGCUUAUCUGCCGCCCUUUCAGUUGGGCUAUAUGCCCACCGCUGCUGGGGCAGCAGCAGCAGCAGCUGCAGCUGGAGCGGGCGCUGGAGCGGCAGCGGCAGCUUCAUCCGCCGGCUCCACGGCGGGCAGCUCCAUGAAGCGUUCGUAUGAGAAUGCCUUCCAGCAGGAUGCAGCCGGAGCAGCAGCGGCGGCCAGUGCGGCUAAGCGGGCUCUGACCCGUACGCCCAGUAGCGUUUAUUCCUACUACAAUCCGGGCAUAUAGAUAGGGAUCGGGAGAUAUUAUAUCCCCCAAAAAAUCUCCAGCACUUCGGGCACAUUCCGCGAGUGGGCGAUGGGUGUUGUUCGUUCGUUCGCUCGUUCAUAAUAUGCGAAAGUUAAACCCGCAUUUAAAAGCACACACACAUACAUACCACAUAUUUAGUAACCAUAUAUCACAUAUAUCAUAUAUAUCAUAUGUACCAUUGUGGCAACACUCACACACCUGCAUACCAGACAUUCUCUAGAGCUUAAUUACCAACUUGGAACGUAGACUUAAGUACUUUUCUUGUAUGGAGUACUCGUAGUAGCCUAAGCAUACUUGUCUAUGGUCUAAGCGAAUAAUACUUACUAUAAUCAUAUAUAUAUAUAAUAUGCCAAGGGAAUUUACCAGAUCUGAUCAAGUGGUUUAAGGAACUAUAUAACAAGUUUUACAGAUAUAUCUUUGUAUCUACCUGAUGUUGGUAAUAUUUCAAGAGUUAUACAUCACCUGAUCAAAUCCGGGGAAAAACCCUUAAACCUUAUACACACACGUGGGCACACACACACACGCACACAUACUGAAGCACUGCUCACCCACACACAUCUGCAUUUUGUACAAUGGGCUAACCCAAAGGGAAUUUAGAAAAAAAAGGGAUUCAAAAGUGUCCUGUGAUCACUUGUGUUCUACUUAGCAUUUCACAAUCUCAAAUUCUUAAACGCUUGGUGUUUGUGUGUGCAGGCGUGUGUAUCUAAGGCAGAGGGGGGAAGGUCAGAACUAUAUAUUUAUAUACCUAUAUAGUAUAUAUAACUUGUCCGUCCCUCCCAACCGAUUCGAAGGCAAUCAACAGAGGCUAACGUGGUUCAUGGCGAGAGGGUGGCCUCUCUAUUGGCAGUGCAAUCUAAUUUUAAUGUUUACUCCCCCCUUUUUUGGAAGAACCUUCCUUCUCCUUUUACAAGCCCCAAGAUAGCCAAGCUCCCGCCAUGAACGACGUCAGGUGUUGGCUCACGCGCAUAUUUAAGCUGAAAUUUUGAAACCGAAACCCAAAUCCAAUAUAAAUAUAUAUCGAUACGAUACCGAGAACUGUUUACGGGCUAAGCGAGUCUAUAUAAACAUUCAUAUAUAGACGAUAUAAUGAUACCCAGUUCUUGAAUAACAUUCGAUCGGUGGAGUCAGUUGUGUGCCCAUCGAUUUAUACACAUAUAUAUUUAAACAUUUAUACAUGCUAGAUGUAAGAUGAGAAUGAUAAUGAUGAUGAAAUGGCAAGACUUGUCCCCUGCCUCUCUCCAUGGCCGCUAACUAAUUAAUCAAACAAUUAUUAAUAAUGAUAAUCUCAUCGUUUUGACUUGCAAUACCCUAUAAAUAGUGCCUAGAUCUAGAUGGUGUAGCUCUUAAGUGUGCGUAACUGGUGUUAGUCGCAAAAUGGGAUAGUACUCUCUAUACCUAUCACUCUCUACUCUAUACAGAUAUAGAUAUAUAUCUCCCUCUCACUGUCUGUGUGUGUGUGUUCUCUGUCAUCACUAAUUUAGUCUCGGGAUCAACUAGAGAUACUCUAUCUAAAGCUUGUUGUAAGUCUUGGGUCCGCUUUAGUGUCUAAACAAACAUACAUAUACAUAUAUAGAUAGUGUGUGCGUGUGUGUCUAGUCUGGAUGGAUAACUGGUGAAUGGUGAAUCGGGUUUACAUCCCCUUUACACACACACACACCACCAAGCUUCCUGUCUGCGUCCUUCCAAGAGGGAGUUCCCCCCUGAGAUCCCAUCCUCUCUGCUCCUCCUCCUGCUACUGCGUCUAACACUCAGUUCCGCUCGGCUUGGGACUAUAUCCAAGUAUGUUAUAUCGAGCUUGGCAAGAGAAAGGCAUGGGGAAGUUAGCCAGCGCCUAGCCUAAUCCUUAGCCUAAUUUAACCUUAUAGUCUUAGUAGUCUUAUGGCAAUCGAGUGGCUUCCGAGCGGGUUCUGUGGCCACUUUAAACAACCAACACACACAUAUAAUCAAUAAUAUCUCUACUUAACUAGUUUGUACGCACAAAAGGCAAACACUUUUAAUGUUUUUUCUCUGGAAACAUUUUUUACAAUUUUUGAUAUUCCAUUCUUUUUAUUACCAUUAGAUGUUUAGUGAAACAAUCUUUGAUUAAUUUUUUACAUCAAUAAAAAUACGACAUACCGCCUACGC